CUGAUCUCGAGCAGAGGUGUUGCAGAGAGCAUGGCUCGCUCAUUAAAUUGCAUUGUGGCCGUGUGUCCGAACCUGGGAAUCGGUAACAAUGGAAAUCUGCCUUGGCAUCCCAAGAGACUUAGCAAUGAAUUUAAGUAUUUUCAGAGGAUGACUAUGACGCCCUCAGUAGAAGGUAAGCAGAACGUUGUGAUUAUGGGCCGGAAGACCUGGUUCUCAAUCCCAGAGCGGAACCGCCCCCUGAAGAACCGAAUCAACAUUGUCCUCAGCAGGGAGCUCAAGGAGCCCCCGGAGGGAGCGCACUACCUGGCUCAUGAUUUCAGUUCAGCUCUGAGCAUGCUGGAGAUGGCAGAGUUAGCUGACAGAGCAGACCAGGUCUGGCUAAUAGGAGGAAGCUCCAUUUACAAGGAAGUCAUGGACAGCACAGCCAGGCACAGGCUGUUUGUGACCCGAAUACUUCAGGAGUUUGAAUGUGACACAUUUCUACCGGAGAUCAAUCUGGAUAAAUACAAGCUUCUGCCAGAGUUUCCAGGGGUCCCCACAGAAAUUCAGGAAGAAAACGGGAUUCAAUAUAAAUUUGAAGUCUAUGAAAACACCGUCUCAGAAUGAUAUGUUUAAAUACUGUAAUCGUUUCUUAGGUUCUUCUGUAUAGACAGUUUUAACGCUAGUCAUCUGGAAUCAUCAUGCAAUCUGUUUUUUUAAAUGAAAACGUCCCCUAAAGAGCACAGAUAAUAGCAGUCCACCAAUGUAACACAUCCCAGUAAUGUGGGUAACAUGCCUGAGCCUGGGAACAGGUUAGUGGGUACAGUCUGGGGUACCAGCUGUACUCAGAGGUUAGACAUGAUUGUGAGAGCUGUGUUGAGGCCACAGAGGGGCUUUUUAAAAGAGUUUAAAAAAGACACCAGGAUGAAUAAAACACAACAUGAUACAAAGUGGAUCUGAACAACAGAAACUCAUUACUAAUUGAUAUUUCACACCUAUACCAAAUGACUCUUUCAGUAGCUGUAUUUUAUGGAACAUUUGCUGUUAGUGUAGUCUGAAGUCCAAUCUGAACCUGAUGCUGGCACCAACUGUGUUUACUGUGUGUACUCCGUACUGUUCCUCUAGCUGUGUUACUGUCCUAAAAUGCAAACUGAUUCUGUUAAUGUGUGAGGAUUGAAAGUGGCCACCUCCAACACCACAUGGGCAUCCUUACUGCAGCAAGUUAACAGGUCCUCAUUGCUAUUGUCUUGGUUGUUGUAUAGUUUAAUUCAGACAGCACACUUUCUUUUGUUUUUUAGUUGACAAUAAAUAUCUUUAUACUGU